AUGGAGGCUGCGGGGCUGCUGCCGCUCCUCGUCGCUUUCGCCGGGGCCGCCGUCCGAGGAGCCCUGUCUGCCUGGCCUCCUAAUGUGACUUACACUAUCCAAAAAGAGACAUGCACCUUGGAAGUGAAGUGGUCGCCGGCAGCGCCACCCAGCAGAAACUGCUCACGAAGUUACGUAGUUGCUCUGCGCAUUGAUGGAGAUUGGGAUCCACAUUCAGAAAGAUGCUUGAAAAGCCCUCCUUGGAUAACAGAAGUACCUCUCGGUAAAACAAUUGAUUUUGCAAUCCAAACUUCCUGCCAAAAAAAUUGUGAGGAUGUACCAGACUGGAAAGAUGGCACUUUGCAUGUUGAACAAAAUUUCAUGCUUCGCUUCAGGCGGACAGUGCUUAGGAGGAGGAAGGGGAGCGAUCUCACUUUCGAUGGUCUUGCCUUUCCAGGGGUUGCAGGUACAGGAGCCAGAGGUAUUAACUGCACUUGGUGGAAUAGGAACUACAUGGAAUGUUUAUGGCAGUCUGGAGAGAAUGCAAGCUCUGACACUCCCUACAAGCUGUUCUACGGGUGUAACGAAGUACAUCAGUGCAAAAAUGUCACUCGUAACGGAUCUGAAUUUCAGUGCGGUUUUGACUGUGUCAUUGGGAAUGUCCCAAGUAUCAUAAUUUCAGUUCAAGGCAGUUCUGGGAACAUUCAACCCAUGUGCUUGAUUUUGGAUUCAAUAAAUAGUUUAGUAAAACUUUAUCCUCCACGGAUCAAACACCUCUCAAAGAAAGGUAGUGAAGUAUUUUUAAACUGGACUGAACCAGAGGAAUUAUAUAACUUGUGUUAUGAAGUAGAAGUUACUAGCAAGUCAGACCGUAAUAGCGAACCAUACCAUAAGAUAUACAAGAAUAAAGGCAGCGCAACAAUCCCGGUUGAGCCGGACGUGCAGCACACUUUCCGGGUGAGAGUCAAGUCAGACGAUGGUCAGUGGAGCGAUUGGAGCGAAAUGGAGGUUUUAGGUGGUGAAACCUCCCCAUUUCCUAUUCUUUUGUUCAUUUUAAUUCCCUUAUGUGUGGCACUACUGUUGGUCAUUUUGCUAAUUUACCUCAAAAGGAUUAAACGGCUGCUUCUUCCAAAAAUCCCUGACCCUGAACAGAUUCUGAAGUACAUGUUUCAAGAGCAGAAUGAAAGCCAGCCCACACAUGAAACAGUCAACACCGAGGAAACCCAUUCAUUGAUGAUUGUGGAGCCUGCUGGCAAUGAGAAGUGAGGAAACCAAGUUCUGAUUGUCAAACGACGUCUGAAUGUAAACCAAACAUAUGAGGCCCAGGAACUGAUGCUGC